AUGGACGACGGACUCAGAGAUAGGCCAGGAGUAACAUCGCGCUUCUUUCACAGCUUAGAAGUGGUUAGUUUCAUAAUUUUGGUUAGCUUUAUAUGAAAUUUAUAAUAUUUUCAGAAGUAUCAGUACUAUCUCGACCGUCUGACGCCGCACACGGCUCUUCGUUGGGUCAUCGCUCUGAUCUCGCUCGUCUUCUUCGCAUCCAGAAUUAUUUUGCUGCAAGUGAGUUAUAUAAAUAUUUGCCAACUGAAAAAGCGAUAACCGAUUCAGGGUUUCUACAUAGUCGCUUACGCGGUCGGAAUCUACUACUUGAAUCUCUUCCUACUUUUCUUGACGCCGUCAAUCGACCCGGCUUUAGAGUUUGAAGAUGAAGACGACGGGCCGGUGCUUCCAUCGAAAACGAAUGACGAGUUCCGUCCAUUCAUGCGCCGUCUUCCCGAGUUCAAGUUCUGGUUAGUUUCCCUCAUUUGAACGGCUCUAGUAGUUUUUCUUCAGGCACUCGUUCAUGAAGGCAACUCUCAUCGCUAUCACUUGCACCUUCUUCGAGUUCUUCGACGUCCCCGUCUUCUGGCCGAUUCUUGUCAUGUACUUCCUAAUCCUUACUUUCCUGACAAUGAAGAGGCAAAUUAUGGUGAGCCGCUCAAUUCACGUGUUUGUUUUAAAUCGCACUUUUUCAGCAUAUGAUCAAGUACCGCUACAUCCCGUUCACGGUUGGAAAGCCACGCAUGCAGGGAAAGGAAGACAGCGGCAAAGUCGUCGUUGGCUAG